GGCCUACACCUUGCUUCAUAACGAUCGCCCUCUCCUUCCGACAGAGUGUUUGAGAGACAUCUUUGAAGGAGAUGAGGCGACCUUAACUGCGGUGGCGCUACCCAUGCUUAAAAUACCUUGCAACCUUGACGUGUUGGCAGCGGCAUUCAUUCCCAAUUCGGAUGACCUGCUCAUGGUGACCAAGGGCAACAUCACUGCUGUCAAGGAUGAAGAAAUCCCAGCGCUUGGAGACAAUGAUCCCACUGGAAUUUUAUGGUUUUGGCGGCUUUUCCGCGCAGAGCAGUGGUCCUUUCUUUCAGCCUCGCUCGUUGCGCGUCGGUCGCCUUGUUUGAGCAAUAAUGCUUUGAUGGAACUUUGGGCAGAAGAGAAAGACAAAGAAGAGUUUGAAAGCUACAGCCCUUGGACGAAAGAAGAGGUCGAGGAGCAGAAGCGCACAGGCAUCAUCAAGUGGGGGAAGAAGUUUGUGGACCAAGCUGGCCUCUAUUUGCGUAUCCAUGAUGAAUCACAUGCAGUUGUGCAACACGGCUUCGACGCAGUGCGCCCACCACAUGCUCGGCAACCUCUCCUCGCGACCCAGGUCUUUACUUGGAACCAGAGCGAUAUCCUGGGGGGUUGCGGCAACGUGGACCGCCUCGACUUGGCCACCGGCGAGGUGACCAAUCGGGGGAGGAUCUGGGAUGCUUGGGAUGUGACCACAGAUUCUUCGGGACGGAUUUUCUACACCAGCUGCUAUGAUGGAACUGAUGUGCACCUCUUGAAGGAUACCACACUGCUGCAGCCGAGCUCUGAGAAACCGACUCCAACCUUCAUUGUGUCGCAAACAGUUGGCCUUGGAUUUAAUUUGUGUUUCGAUGCAACUUUGAAGGUUUUAGUGACCUCCUCCAGAGAUGGCGCAUUCUUUGUGAUUUCUCCUCCAGGUGAAGGCCGCCUCGACGUGGGCGAGGGCUUGCCUUCCAUUCGCCCACCUGGUGAUGAUCACACCCCUGGAGACAAGACGGCACCUUGGGACACAGCCCCUUCGAUGAAAGGAAAACCGAAGGUCCGGAUUGGUCCGGAUGGGCCAGAUGCGUUUCUUGCGUUUCUUAGGUCAAAAUAUUGGAGCCAGUGACUUGGCAGAAAGAAAACCCUUGCAGCUUGGCAACAGAUCUUGCAAUUGCGACUAGAAAGCGUAUCCUCAAAGCAAAAACAACAUAGCAGGACAGCAGGCACAACAUUGUUCUUUAUUUCUUGCUGGGAGGUUGCACCAAUCACACAUCUCAAUGUUCCAAAACACUCAGGACGGGAGAAAAGCAUCAACAGGACAUGGUUUCUACGCACAUGGUGGUCGUAUCACCUUCGUGGAUGCCAACGCGCAGGAACAACUUUGCACCACAAACCUGCUUGAUGGAAAGACUGCCAGUGGCUCAGAUCCUCCUUUUGCUGUUGCUUGAAGGCGUGCUGCGAUGUACUCUCCGCGAGCGAGCUGUUACAACUGGACAAGGCAGU